AAUCAAAAUAGCGCAGAAUAAAAAAGAAUACUGGAUCCGUAAAUGGGCUACAAACGAAAACCCUAGACCAAUUUUCCUCUAAUAAAAACCCUAGAACCCCUUCAAUUAAUCUCUGCUGCCUCACCUCUUCAUUCUCUCGCCACCAACGAAAACUCCAAUCCAAAAUGCCGUUCAAGAGGUACGUAGAGAUCGGAAGGGUUGCUCUUGUCAACUACGGCAAAGAGUAUGGUCGCCUUGUGAUUAUCGUUGAUGUCUUGGAUCAGAACAGAGUUCUAGUUGAUGGUCCUGAUAUGGUCAGAGGUCAAAUGAACUUGAAGAGGCUGUCUUUGACUGAUAUUAAGAUUGAUAUUGAGAAGGUGCCAAAGAAAAAGACACUAAUUGAUGCAAUGGAGGCUGCUGAUGUGAAGAACAAAUGGGAUAGCUCUUCAUGGGGUAGGAAACUUAUUGUCCAGAAAAGGAGAGCUGCACUCAAUGACUUCGACAGGUUCAAAAUCAUGUUGGCCAAGAUCAAGAAAGCUGGAGCAGUUAGGCAGGAGCUUGCAAAGUUGAAGAAGGAGGCUGCUUAAAAUGUUAGGAUUCAAGAUUUUGUUGUUUUUGGUUUUUGGCUUAGAAAAUUUUUGAGAAACUUUUGUUUAUGAACUACUUUAGUAAAGGGAUUAAUUAUCUCUGCCACCGUCCGUAUCUUGUAACCAAUCUAAAAAUUAUGCUGUUUGACGGCAUUGCUGUUAUUAUUAUUCAAUUGAACGGGUUUACACUCCA